CUGUAAAAUUUUACUACUACAAUUGUAUUGUUCUUUUUGUUUUGGAUUUGCCUACUUUUCCCUCUGUUCAUCGGAUAGUCCAGCGCUCUUUUUAAGACAACAACAAAGAGGGGGGCGUUGCUCCCAUCUGAGAUCGAUCGCACUCUCUCUACUCUCCUUCCCCUUAUUCAAGUUUCAACUCUUAGCGAUCUUCUCUUCUCAAUUUGAUCGAACCAGCUCUCUCUACUUCUCAGAUGGAUAAUAAGGAUGGGUGUUGUUCAACUCAUCUCAUUGACGGGGAUGGUGGCUUCAAUGUUGCCGGAGUUGAUAACUUCAUGAAGGAAGUUAAACUGGCAGAAUGUGGUCUUUCAUAUGCUGUAGUGUCCAUUAUGGGCCCACAAAGUAGCGGGAAGAGUACACUGUUAAAUCAUCUUUUUCGUACUAACUUUAGAGAGAUGGAUGCCUAUAAGGGAAGGUCACAAACCACGAAAGGUAUUUGGAUGGCUCGGUGUGUUGGCAUUGAACCUUGCACCAUUGUUAUGGAUUUAGAAGGAACAGAUGGUAGAGAACGAGGAGAGGAUGACACUGCAUUUGAAAAGCAGAGCGCUCUAUUUGCACUUGCUGUUUCUGAUAUAGUGCUUAUCAACAUGUGGUGUCAUGACAUUGGUCGUGAGCAGGCUGCAAAUAAGCCUCUUUUGAAGACUGUUUUCCAGGUUAUGAUGCGGUUAUUUAGUCCGCGUAAAACGACAUUGAUGUUUGUUAUUCGUGACAAAACAAGGACUCCCCUCGAAAAUUUGGAACCUGUUCUAAGGGAAGACAUUCAGAAGAUAUGGGAUUCUGUCCCAAAGCCGCAAGCUCACAAGGAAACACCGUUAAGUGAGUUUUUUAAUGUCGAGGUCGUGGCUCUUUCUAGUUAUGAAGAGAAGGAAGAACAAUUCAACGAGCAGGUGGCUAAUCUAAGACAACGGUUCUUUCAUUCUAUUGCACCUGGUGGGCUUGCUGGAGAUAGGCGGGGUGUUGUUCCUGCUUCAGGCUUUUCAUUUAGUGCACAACAGAUAUGGAAGGUUAUAAAGGAGAACAAAGACCUUGAUCUGCCUGCCCAUAAGGUUAUGGUAGCUACUGUGCGCUGUGAAGAGAUUGCCAAUGAAAAAUAUGCUUCUUUCACCACAAAUGAGGAAUGGUGUCAAUUAGAAGAGGCAGUACAUUCUCACUCCGUACGGGGCUUUGGACGGAAGCUCAGCUCAAUUUUGGACACUUGUCUAUCAGAGUAUGAUGCCGAGGCUACCUUCUUUGAGGAAGGGGUUAGAUCCUCAAAGCGAAAGCAGUUGGAAGAGAAAUUGCUGCAGCUUGUCCAACCAGCCUACCAAUCUAUGCUGGGACACAUACGAUCGGACACUUUUGAAAGAUUCAAAGAAGCAUUUGAUAAGGCAUUGAAGGGGGGUAAAGGGUUUGCUCUGGCUGCUCGUGAAUGCACCGAGUCUUUUAUCUCCCGGUUUGAUGAAGAAUGCACAGAUGCUAUUAUCGACCAAGCAAAAUGGGACUCAUCUAGAGUGAGGGAUAAGCUGAGGCGUGAUGUAGAUGCUCAUAUUGCUGAAGUUUGUAGCGCCAAGCUGGCUGAAGUUACAUCCCUCUACGAGACGAAACUGAAUGAGGCAUUAGCUGGACCUGUUGAGGCUCUUUUAGAUGGAGCUAGUGAUGAUACAUGGCCAGCAAUAAGAAAACUGCUUCAGCGUGAAACUGACACGGCAGUCUCGGGUUUUGCUGCUGCACUUUCUGGUUUUGAAAUGGAUGUAGAAAGUAGGGAGAAUAUGGUUUUGCGAUUAAAAGAUUAUGCACGUGGAGUAGUUGAAGCAAAGACAAAGGAAGAAGCUGGAAGGGUCUUGAUUCGCAUGAAGGACAGGUUUUCGACAUUAUUCAGCCAUGAUCAGGAUUCAAUGCCACGGAUUUGGACUGGCAAGGAAGACAUUCGAGCAAUUACUAAAACUGCGCGAUCAGCUUCUCUGAAGCUACUGUCAGUUAUGGCCGCAGUUCGCUUGGACGAUGAGGGCGAUAAUAUAGACAAAACACUUUCCCUUGCUCUUGUGGAUGGAAAAGCAGGUGCUUCCUCCGCAAGGAGCAUUACAUCAGUUGAUCCUCUGGCCUCUAGCACUUGGAAUGAGGUCCCUCCAUCAAAAACUUUGAUUACUCCUGUCCAGUGCAAGUCUUUGUGGAGACAAUUUCAGACAGAGACUGAAUAUGUUGUUUCACAAGCCAUUGCUGCUCAGGAGGCUAGCAAGAGAAAUAAUAAUUGGUUACCACCUCCAUGGGCAAUUGCUGCUAUGGUGAUUUUGGGAUUCAAUGAAUUCAUGACACUUUUAAGAAAUCCAUUAUAUUUGGGGGUUAUAUUCGUCGCGUAUUUGCUAUUUAAAGCCCUUUGGGUGCAGUUGGACAUCUCAGGCGAAUUCCGCAAUGGAGUUCUUCCUGGAGUUCUCUCUUUGUCCACAAAGUUGCUUCCUACAGUCAUGAAUCUUCUUAGAAAACUAGCUGAGGAAGGACAAGGAGUGGCAAGUGGUGAAACUCAACGUAACCCUGCCGUUGCAUCAAAGAGCUUCCGCGGUAGCUCUAGCACGAAUGAUAAUGGUGAUGUGUCAACAAGUGCUACAUCUGAAGUAACUUCAGAAAAUGGAACAGAAUACUCUAGCUCCUCGUUACAUGACAAAAUGCAGUAAGUUAUUGUUUAUAGAGCCUUUCUUAUUCUGCGACAGCAAAGUUUUUAUGCUCACCCGGAUGCUAUAUGGUGCGCGAUUCUGCCUGAUGGCUUUCACCUUUAGAGGCAAAGCAUGUGUGAAGAAUCAGAAACUAAAGGCAUUGAUUUUUGUAAACUGGGGCUUGUGUUUCAUGAAAGAAGUCCCCACUGAAUAGGUUGUGUUUUAGUUUUCUCUUCUUUCUUUUUCUUAUUAACCUUGUGCCCACUUUUGCCCCAGCUUAUAGAUGUUUUGUUGGUAAACUAAGAGGGUCCUCCUUUUCUGGCUUUGUUUUUUUUUAUCGUUCUCCUGUUUGCCAUCGAAUUUUUUCUUAUGAGAAGCAUAAUAUGAUGUCUGUAUUUUAUUUAUGGAUAAGUGAUAGAAGAUAUCAAACUAUAUUCUAAUGAGAUGGGAUUUUCGUCAAAAUCAUUAGAGAAAUUAUUGAAUUG